AACCAACCAAACAACCAUUCUUGUGACAUCAAUCCAAUGGCCAAGAUAAAAGAACAACCAGUAGAAGAACCCGAAGACGACUACGAUGAAGAACUAGAUGAAGAUUAUGAUCCUACCAAAGCCGCAAGCGAUGACGAAGAGGAUUCUGAGGAUGAUGAGGUAGUACCUGGACGACCGGCGCUGAGUUUACACAUUGGCCGAUUCAUCACCGAUGAGAGUGGACUAGUUAAGAAUUCCACUUCACUUGACAUAGAUUCUAUAUUUGAUGAUAUGAAACGAGGCGAGGCUAAGGAGACAGGCCACAGCGAGACAGAAGAACGCGAACGAGAGCGAGAACAGGAACAGGAGUUGCACAAGAACAAGACCGAUGCUAAGCAAAUCAAGAUCCAAACUAGUUACACAUAUGCGGGCAAGUUAAUCACAGAAACCAAACUCGUUGAUGCAGAUUCCGAAGAGGCCAAGGCGUACCUUAAUAGUACCAGUUCGGUACUAAGUUCUGAUGAUGGGAAGAAUCGGUCUGAAGUUCCUGUGGUACGUAAGGAUGUGAUGACUGGAGAAAUGGUACAACUAAGGAUCAAAUUAAAACGACCUAGUUUGAUCGACAGAUUCAAUGGUAGGAAUAAGAAGCUGUUGUCUACAUUGGAAAAGCUGAGACUUGACUGGGCUAGUUUUGUUGAUAAACGUAAGAUUGGUGAUGAAUUAAAGAGAUAUAAUAAAGCAGGGUACUUGGAUAAACAAGCUUUCUUGGGUAGAGUAGAUGUUAAACGAGACGAAAAAUAUGUUGAGGCCAAAGAAGCAGCAGCGUUAGCAGCACGAAAGAAGCAAUAGAACCCCCCCCAGGUGGCAUAACUCCUUUGUUUCGUGUUAUGGAUUGUAUAAGUAUUAUGUAACCUGUAAAAUAGCCAACAUGUAAAAGCCACGU